CUGAUCAGUAUACGCUGUACUGCAACAGACACCAAGCAACUGCGUUGAAUUACAAUAACAAGACAUUACUAGGUCGUUUACAAGAAUACCAAAAGCAGACAACGUUUUUUUUUUUUUUUUUUUUUUUUAUUAUUGUUAGAGAAGGCUGAUUUAUUUUUAACCCCAAAGUUUCACACUUCUUGCUAUGGAGAUUUUACGAUUGGAAUAGAGCGGGACGAGGUUUCUAUCGGGAUCCAGGAUGAGUGCCACAGGCUUGGGCACGGCGCCUUGCCGCUUCGCUCAUUACUUUGUGGUUUGUGGGAUAGAUACUGAGACUGGUCUUGAACCGGAUGAGUUAGCCGCAUUAUACCAAUGGCUAGAAGCAGAUCUUCAUGGCAGGAGCCAAGAUGCUGCAAAUGCAGGGGAAAACUUUGAACAGAGCCCUCUGAGAAGAACAUUCAAGUCCAAAGUUUUAGCGCAUUUCCCAGAGACUAUUGAGUGGAACCCCUUUGACCAAGAUGCUGUUAACAUGCUCUGCAUGCCCAAAGGCCUCUCCUUCCGGACCCAGGUGGACAACCGUGAGUCGCAGUUCCAUUCGUACCUCAUAACCCGGGAAGAUGGCUCGCGCACAUACGGCUUUGUGCUGACAUUCUACGAGGAGGUGACCAGCAAGCAGAUCUGCACAGCCAUGCAGACGCUCUACCAGAUGCACCACGCUGAACACUCGGGCAGCGUCUGUGCCUCGUCUUCCUGCAGCAUGGACUCCCUGGCCAGCAGCUUGGAUGAAGGCGAUGCCACCUCUCUCAACAAGCUCCACUGCUGCAGCUCCUACAAUAUGAGCCGCGAUACCCUCUACGUCUCCAAGGCCCUCUGCCUCAUCACCCCACUGCCCUUCAUGCAGGCCUGCCGUAAGUUCCUCACCCAGCUGCACCGGGCCGUCAGCUCCCAGCAGCCACCGCCCCUCCCCCUGGAGAGCUACAUCCACAACAUCCUGUAUGAGGUACCCCUGCCACCCCCCGGCCGCUCCCUGAAGUUCCAUGGAGUGUACGAGCCCAUUGUGUGCCAGAGACCCAGCCCCAGUGAGCUGCCUCUUGCAGACUACUCACUGAAGCAAGUCUUUGAGCUGCUAGGGGUGGAGAACCUAGUGCAGGUUUUCACCUGCGUCCUGCUGGAGAUGCAGAUCCUGCUCUACUCACAAGAUUACCAGCGGUUGAUGACAGUGGCGGAAGGGAUCACAACGCUGCUUUUCCCAUUCCAAUGGCAACAUGUGUACGUUCCCAUCCUCCCAGCAUCCCUGCUUCACUUCCUCGAUGCACCUGUGCCCUACCUGAUGGGGCUCCAGUCAAAGGAAGGAACCGAUCGCUCCAAGCUGGAGCUGCCACAGGAGGCAAAUCUGUGCUUUGUGGACAUUGAUAACCACUUCAUCGAGCUCCCAGAGGACUUCCCACAGUUCCCCAACAAGCUGGAAUUCAUCCAAGAGAUCUCGGCAGUCCUGCUCCAGUUUGGGAUCCCUCCCGAGGGCAGCCUGCACAGCAGCGAGAGCACCACCCAACUGAAGAGCCUAGCGCUGCACGACCUGGUCAGUGACAAGAAGAAUGGCAACCUGCCUGGCGAUGCCCUGGCCGUCUUUGAGCUGCUGCAGGGCAAUGCCACGCUGGAGCGGCUGCAAGCCCUGGCAAAGCGCACAGGGGUGACAGUGGGGCGCGUGCCGACGCUGGGCGGCAACAUGGUCAAGGAGAAGGAUGGCAGGCUACAGUGCGAGGAAGAGGAGUUGCGAGACGCCACGCUCAACGUGCAGGUCCGCGAGGUUUUUGCCAACCGCUUCUCACAGAUGUUCGCUGACUAUGAGGCAUUUGUUAUCCAGAGUGCUACAGACUUGGAAUCCUGGCUCACCAACCGUGAGCAAAUGCAUAACUUCGACAAGGCCUCAUUCCUGUCAGACCAGCCUGAGCCCUACCUCCCCUUCCUGUCCCACUUCAUUGAGACGCAGAUGUUCGCCACUUUCAUCGACAACAAGAUCAUGUCACAGUGGGAGGACAAGGAGCCCCUGCUCAAAGUUUUCGAUUCUCGCAUCGAGAAGAUGAGGCUCUAUAACGUGCGCAUCCCUAAUCUCUGCUCAUCCAACUACCAGAAAAGCACCAUCUUAAAGGAAUCGGCCCAGUCUAUUGAACAGCGGCUCAUGAAGAUCGAUCACACAGCUGUCCACCCACACCUGCUCGAUAUGAAGAUCGGGCAAGGCAAAUACGAGCAGGGCUUCUUUCCAAAGCUGCAGGCUGAUGUGCUGGCAGCAGGACCAACCAAUAACAACAGAUGGGCCAGCCGGACAGGGACAGCCCAGCGAAGGAAAGACCGCCUCAGACAACAUUCCGAGCACCUGGGCCUGGACAAUGAUUUAAGAGAGCAAGUAGAGGGGUGUCUGGUCCUGCAGAACUCAAUGGCAUUCUGGGAGUGGGAUCAGGGCCCACCUCCUCCCAUACGACCUCCUAAAAAAUCCUUCUCUGCCUGCUGUCUGAAGUACAUGCAGGAGGCCAGGAGUUUAGGGAAGAACUUGAGACAGCCCAAACUGUCGGACCUCUCCCCUGCCGUCAUUGCACAGACCAACUGGAAAUUUGUGGAGGGGCUGCUUAAAGAAUGCAGAAUGAAGACUAAGCGAAUGCUGGUGGAGAAGAUGGGCCGUGAGGCGGUGGAGCUGGGCCAUGGAGAGGCCAACAUAACAGGGCUGGAGGAGAACACUCUCAUCGCCAGCCUGUGCGACCUGAUGGAAAGGAUCUGGAGUCACGGGCUGCAGGUCAAACAGGGGAAAUCUGCCUUGUGGUCUCAUUUGCUUCAGUACCAGGAGAGGGAAGAGAAACUGGAGCAAACAGCGGUCUCUCCAGUUUUGCUAGGACCAGAGAGACGGAAAUCUGAGACAGGAUUGACCAUGCCUUUCCUCCGGGUGUCGCUUUUUCAGGACAUGAGGCACAUUCAGAAUGUGAGUGAAAUAAAGACGGAUGUGGGUCGUGCUCGUGGCUGGAUCAGGCUCUCGCUGGAGAAAAAGCUGCUCUCCCAGCACCUAAAACAGCUGCUCUCCAACCAGGCAUUAACAAAAAAGCUGUAUAAGCGUUAUGCUUUCCUCCGCUGUGAAGAAGAGAAGGAGCAGUUCCUCUAUCACCUCCUCACGCUCAACACGGUUGAUUACUUCUGCUUCACUAGUGUCUUCACUACCAUCAUGAUACCCUACAGAGCAGUGAUCAUCCCCAUAAAGAAGCUGAGCAAUGCCAUCACCACCUCAAACCCCUGGGUCAGUGUCUCAGGAGAGCUGGGGGACUCGGGAGUGAUGCAGAUUCCAAAGAACCUACUGGAGAUGACCUUCGAUUGUCAAAAUCUGGGAAAACUGACGACAGCUCAAAUCGGACAUGACAAUUCUGGUCUGUUAGCGAAGUGGCUGGUGGACUGUGUGAUGGUCAGGAAUGAGAUCACAGGACACACUUACAAGUUCCCGUGUGGCCGCUGGCUGGGGAAGGGAGUUGACGAUGGGAGCUUGGAGAGAAUACUGAUAGGAGAGUUGAUCAUCCCGUGUGCCGACGAGGACCUGAGCAAGCAGUGCAGGACCCCACCCCUGCAGCGCUCCCCCGCACAGACACGCCGCAUCAGCAUCACCUCACCUGCAGGCAGGAACAGCAAGCCAAAUGCUGUCCAAAUUCAGGAGGCCAUCGGGGAAGCUGUGAAUAAUAUCGUAAAACACUUCCAUAAACCUGAAAAGGAGAGAGGAAGCCUCACGAUCCUGCUGUGUGGUGAGAACGGCCUGGUCUCGGCUCUGGAGCAGUUUUUCCACCACGGGUUCAAAUCCUCCCGCAUUUUCCAGAAGAACGUCUUUGUCUGGGAUUUCAUAGAGAAAGCCGUGGCCUACUUUGAAAUGACGGAUCAGAUUGGGGACACUGUGGAGGGAAUGGAAUCCUUCAGAUCCAUGUGUAAAAUAUUCUGUCAUUAUGUGAAUGCCAUCAACGUUACCCCAAGGAACAUUGGAAAAGAUGGAAAAUUACAGUUUCUUGUUUGUCUUGGGGCAAGGGACCACUUGCUUCUUCAAUGGAUCCCGCUCCUGGUGGAAUGCCCUCUAAUCACAACGAUGUAUGAAGAAUAUGCUCUGCUCCGGGACCACCUGAUGGUGAAUUCCCUCAUUCGGGUGCUCCAGACAGUCCAUGAGUUCAAUAUUACACUGGAAUCCUCGCUGGUCAAAGGAAUAACCCUGUAGCCUUACUGUAUGUUAAAAAAGACUGGCUGGCAUCGGUCUACAUUCUGAGAAUACUAUAGCGACCUUUUUCUGGCCCAUAUUGCUGCUGGUAGUGCAACACUGGAUGGCAAGUGACAUUUAAUAGAUUGAAAACAAAAGAAGACAUCAUAGACUGGGCCACAAGACGUGUGAGAAAGCACAAUGGCCUGGUCAGGAAGUAAUGGAUAAAGCUGAAUGUAGUAUUACCUCGCUUGUUUAAAGAAACUUUGAAAUUAGUAAGAAUGUAGAAUAUUUUUCGUGUGUUUUAGAUGUGUGUAAAUACAUUUUCAAUAAAAUAAAAGGUUAAUACACUGCUAAGAUGAUUUUACCAGAAAACAAAAGGCAAACAUGUUCUGUAAUGUCCUGUGUUUUGCUAACUAUUUAGUUCAGUAGAAUCUUCAGCUGUUGCUAGAAGGCAUGCUCAUGCACUUGACAAGCUUGGUUCUGUUCUGUUUGCUUUUAGCAUGUCAUAGUUAGUGCUCAGGAAUUCAAAUGUAGUUACUGGGCAAUAACUUUUUUUUUACAUUGGAUUAAUCAUCAAUAUCAGACUACUGGCAAGCCCAAUAUUCUUUGAUCAAACUGUGUUACAGUAGAUCCAUCACCACAGAUAUUGAUGGCUUAUCAGUGUGACAAACAUACCACUUUUAUGGAGUGGCCCUACUGUGCAAGUGUGUCAUUUUCUGGAGCAAUUGAUGCAAAGCAUGCCUUCUCUAUCACAAGAUCAAAUCAAAGUUAUCAGUCACUGCAUAAGAAUGUGUUGUGGCUAAGAGACUUGCUCUGCCUGGAGGUUGCAUUGUGAAGUUUACUACUGCUGCCAAUGCAAGCUUUAUCUGAGCACUUGAAAUAUCAUCUCUGAAUGGCUUUUCUUUGUGGUCCAAUUGAAGAUUUUAGUGUUUCUUUUACAGCAACUAGGACCCUCCAGUACAGAACACUGCUCUGGUUAUAAUGAAACAUUAAGACAUCAGUAUAUCAUCAUAACUCAUAAUAAUGUUAGUGCUGGAAACAGGAUCUCUCUCUCUCUCUCUCUCUCUCUCUCUCUCUCUCUCUCUCUCUCUCUCUCUC